AUGGGAUCUGGAAUCAAUACCCAGAAAUCGUUCGAUCUCGGCGGUGCAGGAACCUUACAACAUCCCACGAAUACGGGGCUCUUUGGUGACGGUGAAGGCAUCGCGAUCGAUGGCAACCGUGCGCUCCCCGUGGACAUCACUUAUGAUAACUUCUAUGUCCAUGGAAAUAUUGUCUUUGGUGGCCGGAUCGCAGCAAGCCCCAGCGGUGGCCUCAAGGAAGGACGCCUGACGUUCGCUGGGCAAUGGCACUCGCGACUAGCACUGGCUAUGAAACUUCAAUGCACCCAAGCAGGAUGUGUUAGCUGUGAGCCUGGUUGA